CGGUCCCGUAUCGGAAUACCCUCGCGCAUUAUCAGUAUCUAACUAUCGAAGAAAACGUAAACAAACCGCUGUCAAUCUCUUUUUUAACAUGCCUGAAACUUGCUGUUGUGUACCAGAAUGCAGUAAUCGAGGUGGACAUGUGUUUCCCUCUGAUCAAUCAAGAAGAAAAAUUUGGAUCCAUGCAAUUAAACGCGGCGAAACCCGUUUUCAAAGUUGGGAACCUAAGACACAUGCUGUUGUAUGCAGGGCACACUUUAAAGCUGAUGACUACGUAACUGAAACUCAACACGGAACUACACCCCUGAGUAAAAGACUUAAGAAAAGUGCGGUCCCUAGUAUUUUUUCCUGGGUUGAGCCAAGUCCCCAUUCACAAGCCAGAUCUGAUAGAGCAAAGUCAAGGGGUAUCAAGCGAAAAUUAGCAGAGGAAUUUUCUUCCCAGUCAGAGGAUGUAAAAAUUAUAUAUGCAAGUGAUGAACUGCAAACAACCGAAGAAGUAGUUUUUGAUUCAACAAUUGUAACUGAAGCUUCAGAGAUACCCAAAGUUGAAACCAACCUUUAUUUUCAAAAUGUGGAGACCCAAACACCUAAACAUCCUCCAAUGAGCAUAGACAAUUUUACAAAUGAUGAUGCUGGUGUUCAUUUCUAUACUGGCCUGGAAACACUACGGAAAUUUUACUUUGUUUUGAGAACUCUAGGCCCAGCUGCCUAUUAUUUGAACUAUGUGUAUCAUCAAGUUUCAAACAUCAGUGUUCCUGAUCAGUUUUUCCUUGUGCUUUGUAAAUUACGCCGCCACACUACAAAUUUUGAACUGUCAAGACUUUUUGGCAUUUCUGAAAAAACGGUCUCAAAUAUAUUUUUUACCUGGAUUCUAUUUAUGAAUAAGUAAUGGCGUGAAAUUGAUUUGUGGCCUUCAAGACAUCUAGUUAAAUAUUUUUGCCCGUCAGAUUUUAAAAUAAAAUUUCCAAAUACAAGGGUAAUUAUUGAUGGUACUGAAUGUCCCAUUAAGAAACCAAAACUUCCUAAAUCUCAGCAAGCCACUUUUUCUACAUACAAAAACCGUAACACUGUGAAGGUUCUUGUUGGA